AUGUUUCCGCCAGCCAACCACGUCCGCUCUAAAGGGAAGAAACCUCCGCCGGGGCCGUGCUUCGCGUGCGGCAGUCCCAACCAUUGGAAUAAGGAUUGUCCGCAUUGGGACGAAUACCAAGAGCGCAAUGCGCGGGAAGCACACCAAGCGGAGUGGGACCGAACCUCGCAGCUAGCGUAUGACACCGCCUAUGUGCUCAUCGUCGAGCAGGGUUUUGACGGGGCGUCUCAACCCUCCCUGGUAAGGGAGGAAGAGAGUAAGACCCAGGACUUACGGGCGGAGGAGCCGACGAGGAGGGAGGUAUUUAUUGCGUCCACGCCCUGCUUUGUUCAGCGCGUGGAGGAAAUCCACGAGGAGUACUGGCAUCAGGGUGAAUGCCUGCCGGUCGACUCGUUGUACGAUCUUGAGUAUAUAUACGCGGAAGCCGAAGAUGACGCGGGGCUGGCGGACAGAGGCGUGAGGGAGGAAGUUAAUCUCGCGGAACGGGAGAUAAAGGACACGCCACCGACGGAAGCCUUCAAGGGGGAGUGGGAAGAGGAUACGAACCGAGCUCUGGUACUGCCGAAGCCCUACGACCCCUCAGUCAUACGUCUACGCCCGCGGAAGCCGCUACCGCGUCAACUGAGCAGGAAUAUAUCGGUUCUCAGCGUGCGAGGGAGAGUAGGCGCGCGCGGGAAUGCGACCAUCGACCUGAGGUUGGACUCGUGUGCCAGCACCACCUUCGUCAGCGGGUCUUACUACGACAAGCUGCAAGGGCCGAAGCGGAUCGAGCAAGGGGAGCCUAUGAACUUGCUCCAGCUGACUAGCGACCACACGCCGAUACGAGGAACAACGCGCCUGCCUGUCACGUUCGACUGCGACGAUGGGUCGGAAAUCGAAGUCGAAACGGACAUGUAUGUGGUGGACGGGAUGACGGUGGACAUCCUCCUAGGAGAGGACUUUCAGCAAGCGUACGAAAUCUCGGUCAGCCGUUCGCAGGACGGCGGAGGGCAAACGGUGGUGACCUUCGGCGGCGCCAGGGAGCACCCCAUCACAGCAUUCAAACGGAUCCGGCGGCACCGCAAGAAGCUGAAGGAGCAAGCAAGGUUGGCCGACUCCCUAGUACGGUCGGAGCAGCAAGUCAGGCUUCCUCCGCACUCGGUAGUGAAGGUCAGAGUGAACGGGCCGUUCAAGGCAGACGAGGAAUGGGUGGUGGAAAAUUUGAUGUUGGCGUCGGGCGAAGACCAAAUUACCGCGGUUCCCAACACGAUACUAUCCUCCGACUCGCCGUUCAUCCCGGUGGCGAACCCCUCGGACACGCCGCGUAUGAUUCGAGUGGGGGACGUCCUCGGACGCGCGGCCAAAGCGAGCGACUUCUUCGACCGACCCAAGGACUCCGCGGAAAGGGACAAACUUGCGCGACAUGCAGCGGCUAUGGCUCAACUAUGCGCGCUGCAAAGUGAGGUUACGAAGCUUGGGCUGGACGGAAGCAAGAACGUACCGCGGAGGAGGAGUCUUCAGAGGCGGAGGAUUAUGGGCCAAAGACCGCCGCCAUGCCCGAUCCGAGAGUCAUCUCGAGCGAGGAAUUCCGCCGCACACUGGACGUAG